AUGAAUAUCAGUGGCCGUUGUAAAACUGUCUCCAACAAUAAACGAUCGACUUUGAAAGAACUCUUAUAUAACUUCUACGGUCUUGUAGCGAAAACCUCCGAGUAUAGUAGCGAUCAAGUUGUUAACUACAGAGACGAAGGCGAAGACAUGGAGAUCAAAAAGCAUGACGACCAGACAGCAGCCACUGAGAAGAAAUGUAACAACGUCGCAAAGCCUGUGGCACGCAAAGGAGGUAGCAGUCGUUGCAAAGGAUCGGCUGCCUGCAAGCCGAAGAAAAAAAGCAGCUGUGCAAAGUCGAAGUCGAAGCGCAGUCGUUCGAGAAACACUGCCUGCAAGAAGAAGAAAUGUUAA